UGAAAAGUACCACAUUCGAGUUUCGUCUCUGGGUCCUGCACGCUAUGAAAAGGCGUCUCAGCAGGAAAGAGCCUCACUGGAAGAUCGCUGCCAUGGCGUUCAUCCUUGAGUUCCUGACCUGCGAAGACCUAAGAGAACAGGAUGACUUCAUUGUGAGGCUCCUCCCGAGGUACCUGGGCAGUGAGGACGACAAGAUGGUGGACCUGCUGAUCAGGGGCCUCCUGAAGCUGUGCGAUGGACGCAGGAGGGCAAGGAAAAUUGCGUACGUGCUGCCAGACAUCUUGGCUCUCCUGAAGCACGAGGACACUGAUUUGGUGUACUUAGUCCUGGUUUUGCUCGUGAGGAUUCUCCAGCGCAUCGACAGGUUGCUCGACAGGCGUACCGCUAAGAACAUGGCUGCGAGUCUGCGGCCGCUCUUCCAACAUCGAGACUCCAAUGUGCGGUUUCUGGCCAUCCAGUUCUACAUGGACGUGAUGGACUUCACGGAGCCGAUUGAAAAACGGCACGUGUGGCCAGAAGUGCGGAAGUGCCUGGUCCCACUGCUCUGCCACCUGGAUGACGAUGUGGAGAAGGUGGCUGAGGCCGCUCUGAAAACCUUGACUUUUGCUGCCAAGUUCCUGAAGGAGAGCCAGCUCAAGAGAUUGCUGAGGGCAAGAGACAAGUAUGGUGCUGCUGAGUACCUGGCCAGGGAAGGCGGCCGGGUAACAAACGUCUACAUGCAGCAGGGCAUGCUCUAUCUGAAGAGCGAACACGAGUUUGCGCGAUUGGCAGCAGUCAGGUUCCUUGGGCUCCUCGGGCGGCACAUUAUGGACUGGCGUGAGGAGAAGCUCCCGAUCAUCUGUGAGGCCCUGAAAGGCAUGGCAGACGACCCCAAUCCAUCCGUUGCCAACCUGGCCAGCCAGAACGCUCUUAUUCUAGAGACUGUGGAAAAAAGGCGUAAUGGCACAAUUGGAAAGCACACAGUGUAUGCUCAGGUCCGGAGGGUCUGGAAGAGGAUGCCCCCUUGGCUGAGCAUGUGGUGCUGGUGCUGAACCAGCCAAUAAAAGAGUAAUAUAAAUUAAA